AAACGUAAAAAUGGCAAUCCCAGCCUCGCGAGUAUUAAUAAACGAUCUGGAAAACAAGGAAGAACUGUACGCCGUAUUGCAGGAAGAACUACGCAAAAAUGGUAUCAAAUAUCGGAAAGAGAAAACCUCCAAAGCGUGUAAUGAUAAAACUAAGUGCAAACGCAUAUUCCGAAUACCACUGCAUUCACUAGAGCUGACCGAUGUGAUGCUAGCCAGCGGUGGCAUGGUGCAGAUUCCUCUGUUUGUAUCGAACGCUUGUCAGUUUAUUCUGGAAAAUGUAGACACGGAAGGACUGUUUCGGAAGGCCGGUUCAACCAAACGCCAGCAACAGAUAAAGGCAGGGUUAGAGUCGGGCAUCCCGUUGGGCAAAUCUCAUCACGUUAUUGACGUCGCGAACAUCAUAAAAACUUUCUUCCGGGAUCUGCCCGAACCGCUGCUACCAUCCGGAAAUGUUCAGGAAGCACUGAUCCGAUGUCUGCUCGGAGGCAGCGAUGAUAAGGUGCACAAGCUAAUGAUGACCUGUUUGCUGUUGCCACCGAUAACGCUAAACACGCUCGCCUACUUUAUGCAGUUUUUGCAAACCGUUUCCAACCAUGCCGCAAAAAAUCGAAUGACGGCCGAAAAUUUGGCCAUCAUACUAACUCCGAGCAUUAUGCCAACGACGGAACUGGUACAGCAGCGGUUCAACAGCCAUGUGAAGGUGUUGCAACUGCUCAUUGAAAAUUCGCAGCAGAUUGGACUCAUUCCGAACGCAAUUUUGUGCCAGCUGAAGGAUGAAGGAUGUGCCAUUAAUCUAAGUACGGCCACGAACAAUGUGACGGACAAAAAGAAGAAAAAGCGACGCAGUGGUUCGCUGACGCGGAUGUUUAAUGGGUUUAAGAAGAUGGUUAGCGCAAUUGGAUCGUCGGAAAAUUUGGAUAAAACUGAUGAAAAAGUUGAAAAUGAGCAAACACUGGUAAUAGGUACGCCUUGUCUAAGCAAAUCGGCUAAAAAACGGAAGGUUGCGGAUGGAAUUGCAUUCAGCGCCAAGAAAAAAAAAGAAGUGACAUCCUUUUUACCGGACAACCAUGAUCUUCUGCCCAGUACGCCGCUCGUUAUAAAGGAACCAAAAAAGAACCGCCUAAGCUUGGGCGGAAGUAAAAAGCCCAGCAAAGUCGUUCAACGUUUACUACCGACCGGUUCAAUACCUUCGAUCGCGGAAGGCAAACCAAUGGAACGACGCUGGAGCGUGGUCGGUGCACCGUGGGGACGUAAAAAACAAAACCGCAACAAUAAAGUCCAGGAACCGGAAAGCACCAAAACGGAAUUCCCGCAUUCGGACACAAAAACGGAAGAUGAAUUUGACACGGAAGAACCGACAGGAAAAGCGCUUCUUCUGACAGCAGGAGGUCGCAUGUCGCCGGUAGUAUCGAUGCCGUGUCUCGUUAGUGCUGAGGGUUUGUCCAGCACUGCGGAUAAAAUCGAUGAAACUGAUGCCGAUUCGGAUGAUUUCCUGAAGAUUCGACGUAGCGAGUAUGAAGCGAUCAAAAAGCGAAUGUCGGACAUUGAGUCGAAGUUGUCGAAGGAAUUUACCGCACUGGUCGGGCGUGAGGAUGUGCUGCUGGACAACGUGGAGGACAAAUAUCGGCAAACGUUGGAACAGACGGAACCGAUCGAAGCGACGUGCGCCACCACGGACCAGCUUGCGAAGAGGCUUAGUCGUGAGCUAAAAAUCCGUCAGAGCGGUGAACACAGGGUGAUUCGAUCGCCGAGUGCAAGAAAAAUCGGUACCAUUCGUCGCCGUAGCCGAGAAGCUGUAAGGUUGUCGCGCAACCAGUCUUGGCAUGUGGGUAAUGGUGCGCGAGAUGUAUCCGUCGCUGUCCCAGUUGCGUCUGGCGCGGUAGAUCUUUCCUUCUAUCCCAAGUCGGGAGUUUUAAAGCGCGGUCGACCAAAUACUGUUCAAAGCGGUUUGAAAGCACCAGACACAACAACAACAGUAUCUUCGAAUAGUAACGAGACAACAGUUGCGAUAGCAACGGAAAAGCAACCCUCAAAGCCAUCUCCUCGUUGUGCCACGGCAACUAGCUUAAGCGGAGGCAACUUUACCGACGAGGAAAAGGAGGAACAAUGGGUUAAUGCGGAGAGCUACUUUGAGACGCAUAACGUCACCGAUGAUAACGCCUCGAGUGUGAUGGAUUCGACGUCAGAAUUUGUAACACCCUGUAAAGUGCUGAUGGAGGAUUACUUUAAAACGCCGGAUAAAAAUUCUCGCCGAGCAUCGUUACGAUCUUCUUCAAAGCAGCCACCGGGAAGCGCUUUCUGCACACCCACCCAGUCUAUGGUGUCCAAAAUCGACGUUAACAUCCAGAGUGCGGCCAAGACACCCAUGCUACCACCGGUGGUACCACCGCGCAUAAAAACACCCGCCCGAACGCCGAAACUUCCACCACGCACACCGAGCAGCAGCUUACUUAAAUCACACAUAACUCCACUGCAGGAGGCACAGAGUGGCCGUGCAUCGAUCGCACGCAUCCGCAGUCAAAAUGCGGGUAUGGUAAUGGCUAAGGCAAAGCUGUUCGAUGGACUCGUAACGAACGCCGGGCUCGAUGUAUCAUCCGGCGCCGGAACAUCCUCCAAACGCACACCGAUCUCGAGCCGUCGCCAGAGCACCAAGUUCCGCACCGCAACGGUUGCAGCCGUACCACCGAUCGUUACAAUGUCCGACACAGGAUCGGCCGUUCACAUUCGACAGAUACAGAAGCUACGCUCUUCCUCAGCACAACACCAGCACGGAAGUGUACGCAGUCCCAGGAAAUCGACCCCGCGCAAGCGUACCUUCACAAAAUCUGCCCACGGUGGUGGAAUAAAUCGACGCGAAAAGCUUCGCCAAGCAACGAAAUCUGGCUCAAACGCAUCGAUGGCAGGAAUCCCAUCCAUAGCUCUCCUUAGCUCUCCACGAUCUGUCCGUCGGUUGCAGGAAAAUGUGCAAGAACAGCUAGCGAACGUAAAUGUCGUUUGUCUGUCGCCAAAUUUAAAAGACAUGAACAAUAGCAGAUCGGCCACAACAACACCACACAUUCGCAAACAGUUGCUGCGGAACUCACCGCGCCGCAUCCUUGCAGCAACACCUGGACGGGACAAUCGAAUGCACGGUGGCGGUGAGCGAUAUCAAACGCCACUGAAAGCAACCACAUUAUCACGCUUUGCCAUCUGUACCGCACCCGGAUUUGAGAACAGUCCCGAACGAACAUCCCAUCCACGGGCGGCUAAUGUUCGUUAG